UAGGUUAGAGGUCUAAAUAAUACCCCAACGGCAGGAAUUCAAAUAUAUUAGGGUUACAUUUAAGGGCUAAAGCCGUAUCUUGUAUGAGUUUGUGCAAGAUCUCCAACAAAUCAUCAGUUUAGAAGGAUGACGUCAAAGGUAAAAAUAUUCUUCAUCAAAUAUCACCAAACAAUAUAAAUCUCUAUUUCUAUUGUAUGCAAAAUAUUUCCGCAUCAAUCUUCCGAAAAAACACGAUUGUACAGCCGUAUCUUGGGUAACAUUCAUUAAAUUCAUAUUUAAGUAUUUUGACAGGAAUCUUAAAUAUAUUUAUAAUGACAAGUUUAUUUAAGAAAAUCAAAAUUAUUUUGAUUUUUAUAUCGGCUUAAAUUCUUGCAAAUAUUUUCUCAAAUCCUUUUGCUCAAAUGAUGGCAUAAAUGCGAAUCAAAAUGUUUUUUCCCAACAAAACUAUGAUUUUUUUAUUUAAAAAUGAUCUUUUCCAGAAACUGCCACUCGUAUUGCAAUUUAUAUUAUCUUUUUGCCUAUUAAUUUGUAAUCCUAUAUUAUUUGUUAGAAUUUUUCAUUAAAACUAACAAUUUAAACUCUCAUUGGAAAUGGUAAUUGAAGCUCAUCAUUGUAAAAUAUUGUCAUCAGCAUAUAGUUUCUCCAACGUGUCUCUUGUCUCUACUCUCAUGUUUUAUUCGAUCCCCCAAAUGUAGUAUUUUCUUCAUCUUCUCUAACUGUGACUGACAUUGGUAAUGUGGUUCGCAUCAGCAACAUUUCAUCAUAGCGCUUUGUAUCUUCUUCUCUGCAAACAUUCGACCAACAAACAACACACAACCAAAAUACUUUCAUUGUCAGACAACAUCAAAAACCAAAAAAAAAAAAAAAAAUGAAAUGAAAUUUGCAAAACUUUUUACGGAAUGAUGACUUUUGAAUUAUUCCCCUCUUCUGAUAUUCUCUUUUUGUCAUUGUUAUGUACAUCUGUGUACGUCUCUCACUCUCUGUGUAUGUAUAUAUAUGCGUGCACCACAACAUUAGGCCUGGAGGUGUUAUACGCACCCUGCAUCCACUGCAGCUACAAGCUGAAUGCAAUGUAAUCCCCAGCGGUGGUUUUCAUCAAAUUCCCGUCGAAGUGGCUAUGCCAUCCGCGGAACGCACUGAAGUGGCACAGGUUGAAUGUGAUGUGGAAACAUUGAAGAAAUUAAAAUUGGGCCUAAGGUCAACGUUGUGGUCCCGCCCGGCCUCGACCACAUCACAUUUGCUACAGCAACAACAGCAGCAGCAACAACAACAGCGGGCCCAAGAGAAUCGCCCCAUAUCACAGCCACAAUUGCAACAGUUACAUCAGCAACAACAGCAGCAGCAGCAACAACCACAACAGCAACAACAACAACAGUUACCAACUCAUGCUGCUGCAAUCAAGUCUCAACAAUCACCAUCCACAUCACAAAAACAACAACAGCUACAACCACGCCAAAACUCACCAGCACCCACCCAGAAACUUCUCAAGGAGAAGUCCGAUUAUUCCAUAUCUGUGUGAAAUAUUUAUGCACCCUACAAGAGUUGAGCGGAUUUCCAUAGUCGUUUCCGUUUCCUAUCGUCUCGCAUGCGAAUGCAAACCAAACAAACGAACUCAAACGGAGGCUGACCAACCCCCGACCACCAACCCCCCACCCCUCAUCCAUAGUCGGCAAUAACUCACUCGUACUUGAGAAGUAGACUGUUGUGUUGUGCUCCAAUUAGGUUAAACUCGAUCCAUGUUAAUUAUUCAUUGGUCUGUUCAUUGUUGCCUACCGUCGUGGGUGCAGCAAUGAUGAAGCUUACCAAAAAAGAAACAAAAAACAAAAACGUAAAGAAGAAACUAGGAAAACGCUAAGAAAGAAGAUGAGGUUGAAGAAAAUCAAAGUUGUAUGUAUAGUUGUGUAUGUGUUUGUAUGUAUGUCCCACAAAUACAUUGAGAACAAUUGUUAUGUUUGCCAAGUUGAAGAUAACGAGGAGUGUUAAUUUUUUUUUAACCAAAAUCAAACCAUUUGAUGUGUGACUGUUUGUAUGACGUGUAUUAUAUUAAGUUUGUGUGUGUGUGAGGGUCGUUGUUGUGUGCCGUGAUUAGUAAAGGAGCAAGAAGUUUAUAACAAUA